AGUCAGUCACAGCCGGACCCCAGCGCGCUCAGACUGAAGGCAGUAGUUGUUGGAUCAGAGAGGAGCGGAGCGGCUCGUCCUGAGAGCAGCUGACGGAAAUAUUCACCUGUGCGCCGCCCGGACGAACUAACAAGGAUUUCUGUCAUUUUUUAGCACACUCCACCUUCAAUUCUCAGCGAGGGACACUUCCAACCAAAACCUCUGUCGGACACCUGGUCUGUCUAGAAGCCAAACAAGUUUUUUUUUCUUUUUUUUUAAAUGAGUGAGAUAUUACAACGAAACUGACCCACAUCUGAAGGUUUUUUCUUUCUAUUUCACAUUAAUUUCGGACAGACUGCGUGCCUGCUCCCACAGAGGACCGUAAUCAAACCAUGGCGAGACGUGACGCCCGAAAUUGGUCUGACUGCACAAAAAUGAUCGGACCGCUCUGCUUGAUUGCGUCGAUAUUUGUGAUACACGGAACAUCAGGUCAGCGGGUGAAGGUAGAGCCUGAGGUGUUGUCGUAUCCCGGCCAGACCGUCAACCUGCGCUGUGCCUUCACUGAUGCCACUGGGAUCCAGCUCACAAUGGUCACAUGGAUCUAUGAGCCGAAGGAUGGAGAAAGGAUCAACAUUGCUGUGUUUCACCCCAGCUUCAAUCCCAACUACCCUGAUUCGCCUGUGAAGGGCAGAGUCAGCUUCUCACAGAGUCCUCCAAAGUUGCAAAGCCCUUCCAUCCAGAUAAGUGAUGUUAGGAUGACGGAUGAGGGGAAGUACAUUUGCGAAUAUGCGACCUACCCCAUUGGGAACGAGCAGGGCAUCACUUACCUGGUCAUGCUAGCUAAGCCUCAGAACUCGGCCUCCGUCGUGACAGUUGUGGCAGGCAGUAAGCCGGAGGUUGUGGCACGCUGCGAGUCCGCGGAUGGCCGCCCUGCCGCCCAGAUCUCCUGGGUGACCACAGUCAGUGGAAAUGGAACAACAGUGUCUAAGCCAGGGGCCGACAACCUUGUGACGGUGACCAGCGAGUACCGGAUGAUUCCUACAGCAGCCGACAACGGGAAAGACAUUAGCUGCGUGGUGGAACACAGGACCCAGGUCAAAGCUGAGAGUUUCCCUAUGAAGCUGGCAGUCCAGUAUCCCCCUCAGGUGACUAUCGCUGGCUAUGACAAUAAUUGGUACAUGGGCCGAACAAAUGUGAUGCUCACCUGCCAGGCUUCUGCAAACCCCGUUCCGACCUCUGUCACCUGGAAGACCAUGUCCGGAUCGUUACCAGAUACGGUGCAAAUCGUUGGCAAUGAGCUGAAGGUGCUGAAGGUGGACGAAGCUGUGAACACCACUUUUGUCUGUGAAGUCACCAACCGCAUAGGGACCACCAAGGACCAGAUCACAGCCAUAGUCAGAGAGCCCCCACAGAACCCAUCCAAUGUUGGCGUGGUUGCGGCAGCUGUGAUUGGCUCCCUGCUCCUCGUCCUCUUGAUCGGCGCUCUCAUCGCUGUGCUCAUCACCGUUAGCCGUAGGCAGAAGCAGGGAUACCGCGCUAAUGGCGGCAGCGACAUGAAGGCGCGCAUGUUUGGUGGGGGCAAGAAGGCCAGCAAGAACGGCACGGGAGGAGGCGCAGGAAGCGGUGGCGUUGGAAGUGGCAACAACAACGGCCCCAUCUACGUAUGCAACGAAGGCUCCUCCUACCAGGGCCUUGGAGAGAAAAACAACCACCAUCAGCCACUCCCCAUUGGAGGCCGGCCUGAAGUUGUUGCCACAACGCCCACUGCCCAGGACAUCCUGCUCAGCAAUGAGUUAGACGAUGCAGAGAGGAGGAAGUUUGAUGAGCUGGAGGAGGAUGAGAGGUACGACCAGUUUACCGGAGGGGCCCCGAUCCUCCAGCUUCGCCCGCCGCAUGACCAGGACGGUAUGAUUGGAGACUACCUGGAUGAUGACAUGGAGUCCCAGCGGGAUGGCUCUGUCAUCUCACGGACUGCAGUUUACGUGUAGUGGAGGAGUGGAGGAAAAGAGGAGGAGAGAAGGAGGCGACAAUGGCAGGAUGGAGAAUUCCUCUUGAGGAUUUUGUGGCUCCAGGGUCUUGUUCCUGUCUGAAAGAGAAAAGAAAAUAAUUACCACUUUUAUUUUGGAAAAUUGAUUUUAAAUAUAGCCUAUUUAUCACAGUGGAGCCCCAGAAUGGACUGAAUGAAAAGGAGGGUGUGGUGGGACAUUGUGAAAGGACUGUUGCUGUUAUCUGGUCUGUAGGAACUGAAAAAGAACAACCUGUCUCCCACCACUUCUGCUCAUGCUCUUGCUAUCACUGGGACCUUGACACUUGGCAAAUAGGCAAAAACACAAACAAUGUAGUGUGGGAGUAGGGUAAUGGAAUCAUGACACCAGCUUAGCUAUAUCUAUCUGUACAUCUCACUUUCAUAUUCACUCUAAUUUUCACAAAAACAGAAGUGGAAAAGGCUGCCAGCAAUGCUCAGUCCUCCAUAAUGUGUUGCACUGUGACAUUUUGUGGGUAUUGAGUAGCUUGUGAUGCUUUGACAGGAAAUCGUUUUAAAGUAUAGACCAUAACCACAGACUGAUUUAGAGAAACAACCAAUAUAUUUGUUUAUGAGUGAGUUCUUCUCUCCGCUCCGCUAUCUUUCUCUCAGACAUAGACAAACAUCUCUACAAACUAUUCGCAACGGUGGGCACAAAAUUUCAAGAGCAUCAAGUCUUUAUGCCCUGGACAAAUAUAAAAGCAGUUGAAUUUAACAAGGUGGCAGUUUAGAAGAGUUUGAGCCAAGUUCUUAACAAGGUAUUCACAUUUAAACUUUUGUACUGUGCCUCGAGGUAUGAGACGGUAAACAAGAAAUGAGGGAAUGAGGUGUAGCCAAUCUGACAGGGUCAAGGAGUGGAGAGAGGGAUGCAGGAGUCAGGAGGCCGAGAGAGGCGCAUGUCUCUUCUUUUCUCUUCCUUCUCAUCGUCAUCUCUUCAGAGCGCUCCUGACAGGAGGAGCUUGAUUGGUAAUGAACCGUGAAGUUGCUCGCUUAGCUGGGACCAACAGAUUGCCACCACUUAUCUUGUAUGACGUGGUGACUCUUCUCUCCGCCUCCCCUUUAUUUCUUCAUAAUGUGUGUGCGUGUGUGUGUCUCUCUCUCUCUCUCUCUCUCUCUCUCUCUCUCUCUCUCUCUCUCUCUCUCUCUCUCUCUCUCUUUCUCUCUCUCUCUCUCUCUCUCUCUCUCUCUCUCUCUCUCUCUUUCUUCCUUUUAUUCAUCCCUCUCUUCAGCGCUUAUGGGGACUUUAUGAUUUAUCCUGGGCAGUGACGAGGUCAGGGCUGCAGAGACCAGGGCAGUAUUUUACUACUCCCGAUGUGUCAAAUAACCCACUUACUCUGCUCCAGCCCUGCCUGCCCCGUCAUGCCAGGACUGACUAAUCCACCUGGAGUGGCCAUGUUCAGUCCACUGCACAGAUGUCCCCACCUCCUCCCGUAGUUUAUCAGAUGACCGGAUGUAACAGAAUCCCUGAUCCCUGAUUGUUAAUUUAUCCUUUUAACGAGCCACCGAAGGCCCACUCAGGCAAAUAUUACUCAGUGGCUACUGUACACCGCUGCCUGUGAGGCUCAGUGUGUACAUUAGCAUGCGUCACGUUAUCUGCAUAGCCAGUGGGUGACUGUGAUGGGCUUUGCUGCAUCUCCGCUAAUCAUUUUUGUUUUCCCGGCCUUCUCAUCAGCUCCCAUUUGAUCAACUGGGAAUCUGGCGAGUGUGGUUUCAAUGACUGUACUGACCUCUUGCAAGGUUAGCCAAGAUCUGGGUUGACGUUUGCUGCAGGUCAUGAGGUCAAAUGCAGGGUGACCCAUCGCCAAGGGAAAAGAUGACUGUGCUCGCCCGCAUUUCUUAUCACGGCUGUUUUUAACCUUGAACUAUAGAUGUGAAAGAACCACUCAUACGGACCUCGUAACUGUAAUGGGUGAGACAGUCCUUGUUUGCCGUUGUGAUGACUUUUAACCUUCAGAAAGGCGGAGAGAGAGCAGGAGGGAGAUGACAAAAAUAGAGACAGUGUUUAGUGUUUAAACACCGUCUGGCAUAUUUUAAGCCAGAAAGUUCAAUAGGAUUAUCAUCGAAUGGCCUUACCUUAUACAUCAAUGCAACUCCUGUCAACCUAGGGCACAGUAAAUUUACUGCACACAGCUAAUUACACACAACCACUCCAAUAUAAAUGUACUGCCUAUUUUUGCAUUUGUGUGCGUCACUGCUACAAAGAGAAAUAUAAGUGUAAUGCUUGGUUUUGGGGGUAAAAGAAACAUUGACAGGGGGCAAAACUGGUGUACGUACAUUUUUGGUGUGAGGUGUCUGUAUACUAUAUACAUAAGCAUCUUUAUUUUUCUCGUGAAAAUGUGGAUAUUUAUGAAAAUGUAAAUAUCAGAUUGACAGAGCCGCUUUUGUGGAGGGCAUUCGGGGAUGGCUAAGCUUCCAAGUUCAAAUGCCUGAGGGGGGGCAGGUAGGGAGGGAGGGGGGGCAUUCAGAAUGUAAUUUUUAUUGUAAUGAAUACCUCAGUUGUUUGGGUGUCGCAACAUACUAAACAGACUGAGCUUAGUUUAAAACCUAAAGCCUAAGAGUUGAUUUGACUCGGGAUGGGGGGGGAUUUCUACACUUGUAUGGUUAUUUUUAUUCACGUUAGCAUUACUUGCAUUUUCACAUAAUAAGUACACUUUUCUCUGUGGACAAUUGACUUCUCCAUCUCCUUGACUGACAGUCGGCACAAUGCAAAGAUGUACACAGUCUUCAUAAUUUACCGCAUAGACCAUAACCAGACAAGCGACGGGUUGCUUGCAACUGAAUCAGCUCUUUGUGUGUGUGUAUAAGUUGUGUGUCGGUGUGUGUUUUCGUGAUGCUUUCUGACUUUAGGCCUUCUCGCUCUCUCUGUCUUUGGGGCUGUGACCCGAGUAGCCACCCUUUGUCACCGUGGAAAACUGGCAAACUGAAGAUAUUAUUGUGCAUUUCGAAGACGCGCUCGCACACACCGUACAUAUACAUGCACAGAAUGCGGAGAAACACUCGCCCACGCACAAACACCUCUCAGUCACUCUCAUUAUGCUCUCUCCCACUGCCAGACUGUGCAGAAGACACCUCAUACCUGACAACUCUGCCAUCCCCUGACACAAGCCCACACAUGCGCUUGCGUAGCUGCGCACAAUCACGCGCACACACACUUCACUGCUUUCUAUCCUGCACACAGUCCAACCCCGUACGAAUUCGGUGACCACACAGAGCAGAAGCAACCACACAUUCAGGGACACAUGCUUUCCAUUUCAGUUUUGUUCUGUGCUGGAGAUACAGCUUUCAUAAAAAGGCCACUUUGCUGACCUCCUCGCCCUCCCCACAUCCCUUUCAAUGCUUCCUACUCACUGCCAAAAUGUUUUCGACUUCCCUUACUUCUGUGACCGCCUCCACACACGUACACGCCAUUGCCACCCACCCCAGCAUCCACAUAAGGCUUGUCAGACAAAAUACUUUUAGAGAAACCUGCGAACCCGGCCUGGGUCUUGCACAAGGUUAGGUAGUCAAAAUGUUCUGUAUUUUUCUUUUCCACGAAAGUCACAUGCUGUUAGUAUUUCUCUGGCUCCGAACGUCUGAUGACUAAUCAAAGCCUUAACAUCUUCCAUCUCACUCGCAUAAAAGAAGAAAAAAAAAAGGGAAAAUCUUCCUGUGUACAUAGUAUAAAUAUAUAAAUAUGUAGCAGAGAAAAAUGAUUACUAAUUUAUGGUGUCACAUUUGUGUAUUACUCAGUGACAGCAAGCAUGAAGGAUUUAUUUUUUCCUAUUAUGGUUUCCCAACUUUUCUGUUAUUUUGCAGUGCUUUAUAAUUUAUGUUCUCUGAGUGCUUUAUUCUUGACUGUUGCGCUGUGAUUGCUGCCAAAACUGGCAAAUGUGCUUCUUCGAUACAAAUGAACUGUAUACACACAACGAAACAGUCUUAUCCCAAAAUGUCCUUUUUAUUAUUGACUGCUCUGUGUAAAAAAUGUUUUUUUCUCUCUCUCUUUUUGUAUUCUUUAAUUUUAAACUUAUUUUGGUCUUUGAAAAGAAAAAAGCAAACUAGAAUUGUUGUCACCAUUUUGUCAUGUCUUUCUACGUUUUUUUUGUUUGUUUCGUAUUUGGUUGCUAUUAAAGUUUUCCUGAUUUUUGAAAUGUU